AUGCCGGACUCGUCUCUUGUCUUCCCAGUCUUCUCAUUCCUGGGAUUUGUGCUCUGCCUCAUCCCUCUCCCUUGGCAUCUUCACGCUUGGAACUCGGGGACAUGCUACUACAUGAUUUGGACCGCCAUCGCCUGUCUCAAUCAGUUCAUCAACUCUAUCAUCUGGCACGGUAACGUUCUUGAUGUGGCGCCAGCUUGGUGUGAAAUAUCCACACGCGUUUUUCUGGCUGCGGUCAUCGGUAUUCCUGCGUCAUGCCUCUGUAUCAACCGUCGCUUGUAUACCAUCGCACACAUGCAGAGCGUCUCUGUCUCUCACAAAGAGAAAUGUCGCAACAUCAUGGUCGACACGUUCAUUUGUGUGGCAUGUCCGUUACUCUCUCUGCCCCUCGCGUACAUCGUGCAAGGUCAUCGUUACGACAUCUACGAGGAUAUCGGGUGUUUUCCGGUCGUUUAUGAUACCCCACCCGCCUUCCUACUGGUAUACUCGUGGCCAUUGAUGCUCGGCGUCGCGUCAGGGACAUACGGGGCGCUUUCUAUGCUCGCCUUCUGGCGUCGGCGCGCUGCGUUGCAAGAGUUCAUGUCUUCCAACAAGGCACUCACUCGCAGUCGAUAUGCUCGCCUGAUUGCUCUUUCAACGACCGAGCUGUGCUUCAAUACACCUCUCGCCAUCUGGGCCAUCGUCUGGAACGCCACGUAUCUUCGUGUCGAACCAUGGGUCAGCUGGGAAGACACCCAUUUCAACUUCGGACGAGUAGGCCAGAUACCCGCUGUCAUCUGGCGCGCGCAGACGGUGACCGCGGUUGCGUUGGAGAUGGAUCGAUGGUUAUUUGUCUUCUGCGCUAUCGUUUUCUUCUGCUUCUUCGGGUUUGCCCAAGAAGCCCGCAAACACUAUAGCGACGCUCUCCAUGCCGUGGCCUCCCGCUUGGUGCCGAGCGAUCUGCCUCGCCGCUUAUCUAGCUCUUGGUUCCGUCUACGUGCACCGACCGUUGGUCGCUUGCGCGACGAAUCGAAUUCGACCGCCGCCUUACCUUUGUAUGCACCCAAGCCACCCUUGUACGCCGGUCAAGGACAAUCGCCCACCUCCCUAUCCGUUUUCGAUAAGAAGAAAGACGCUUCUCUUCCUGGAUCUCCUACCGCGUCGACAUACUCCAUGGCGACGACAGACGUUACGUCGGCUGCGCCGACCAUGCCCUCCAUCCCUUACACGCUACCACCUGCACCUCCAAUGCCUGCGCGCUUCUAG